UGCUUGUUAACAUGGUCAGUUUGUCCUCCAGGUCUCUGUGGCAACAGCAACAAUGACACCACAGAUGACUUCACCAGCAGCAGCAGAAUCGUUGAGAACGCCCCUCAAACAUUUGCUCUCUCCUGGAGUGUGGGCACUUGUGCAGUUAACAUACCCUCCACCUGCAGCAACACAGACAAUGAAAUAUUUGCUGAUGAAAAGUGUUCUUUAUUGAACAACCCAACUGGAAUAUUUGCCGAGUGCCAUGGUCACAUCCCGACUGAUCAGUACCACUUGGCUUGCAUCCAAAGAACCUGCAACUGUGGUAGCAAUCUGCAGCAGUGUAUGUGUGUUGCUCUGGCCACUUAUGCCAAAGCCUGUGCCAACCUGGGUGUUGCAGUUGGUGACUGGAGGAGUGUGACCAACUGCAGUAAGUUCAGCUUCAAGAACACUGCAAAGCUUGAUACCUUUCAGUAUCUUCUGUGGGAUGUGGACAUCUUAAGCCUCUGUGAGAAUGGCGAACUGCAUUGCUCCAAGGAUUGUGGAUGCAGAAAUGGGAAGGUCUGUGUACACUGCUCGGAAUACCCGGUUAACACGGCUCAGAAAACCUGUGACAGUCUUGGCAAACCAUUGGGUGCCAGCAUGACCUGUGAGAGUGGCUGUUACUGCCCACAUGACCAGUAUGAGGACCACCAUGGAAACUGUGUUUCUCUGGACAACUGCACAUGUGUGUACAGUGGCCAAGUGUUCAGCACAGGACAACAUGUCAAAACCGACUGUAAAACCUGCAUCUGUGGUCGGGGUCAGUGGCACUGUAAAGAGAAACCGUGUCCUGGAAAGUGCCAAGUAUAUGGAAAUGGACAUUACCAGACCUUUGACUCUAAAUGGUAUCGCUUUGAUGGACACUGCCAAUACACACUUGUGGAGGAUUACUGUCGAAAUAAAGAUGGCUUCUUCUCUGUCAGAGUAGAAGGCAUACCAUGUUGUGAUGAGGCACUAAUAUGCUCUCGUGCCAUUGUGCUCGACCUGCAGGGUAAAGUCACUCUGACAUUGAAUGACAUGAGGGUGACAAGACGUGUCCAUGAAAGCUGGAGUCUGCAAGAUGACUUGCUUUACACCACACAUACCGUGGGGCUCUACAUUGUGAUCUCGGUGCCAAGCAGAGGGAUAACUCUCAUCUGGGACAAACAGACCCGGGUUACCAUAGAGCUGCAGCCAAACUGGAGGAACCGUGUGUGUGGCCUCUGUGGGAAUUUUGACUCCAGUGAAAUGAAUGAUCUCCAGAUAAGCGGCUCAGCAGUGGUGUCCAGUCCCCUGGCCUUUGGGAACAGCUGGAAGGUCACUGCUCCUCCUUGUUCUGAUGUGACUAUUGAGAUGUUUCCAUGUGAACGCAACUCCUACUGCUCAGCCUGGGCCCAGCAGCGCUGUAUGAUCAUUACAGGAGACACCUUCCAAAACUGCCACUUAAAAGUGGACCCAGAACCCUACUACCAUGCCUGUGUCCAGGAGUCCUGUGCUUGUGAAUUUGAAGGGAAGUUCUUGGGCUUCUGCACAGCUGUGGCAGCCUAUGCAGAGGCCUGCAGUGAUGAGGAUGUGUGUGUUAACUGGAGAACACCUGAUCUAUGCCGUACGUUGAGACUGCCUUUUUCUCCCCAUAACAUCAGGUUUACUUGCCUCUUAAAGCUGCCUUUUUGGUAGUUGGCAGAACAGCAA